AAUUCUUUGUGGCCGUAUAUAAAGCAAGUGUUGUUGGUUCGGCAAAUAAAUCGGUUCGGUUCGGUUGAUUCGGUUCUCUUUUUGUAAUACAUAGUGCGAGUGUAUUUAAUACUUUUGCAAUCUACAGUGUGUCCAGUAAAAUGAAACAACAGCUUUUUAUUGCCGGCGUCGUGUUCCUAUGCGUGCAUCAUGGGAUUAAUGGAGACAACAACACCGGUCGUAUAUCACUCGUCACGGGAAAUCAGAAUUUGAACCCCCGGCAUCCCAGUACAAUGAGUGGCAGCAAGCUAAAGGCCAUAGCGGUGCUGGUGCCGAGCAAAGACAGCAAAGUGUCUGGCACGAUCACCUUUGAUCAGCUGGCUGACCAAAUGGUCGUCAUACAAGGCAACAUUUCCGGUCUCCCAGAUGGAAAACAUGGCUUUCAUGUUCACGAAUUCGGUGACCUUUCGGAUGGUUGCACUAGCAUGGGAUCUCAUUUCAAUCCAGGCAAAGAAGACCACGGUGCUCCCAGCGAUGGACAGCACCGGCAUGUGGGCGAUCUGGGCAACAUCGAAUCCAAGGAUGGUCAAGCAAUCAUAAACAUCCGCGACCGGCUAAUUUCUCUCUAUCCCGGACUGACAUCGAUCAUCGGUCGUGGCAUUGUGGUGCAUGAAAAGGUGGAUGAUUUGGGCAAAGGUGGAAACGCUGAAAGCCUGAAAACGGGAAAUGCAGGGGCCAGGCCGGCAUGUGGAGUGAUUGGAUACCGGAAAGGAUCCGGAUCGUAACGCUAAUCAAAUGUUUGGUUUCUAAACUCCGGUCUGAUUGUUGUUGUGCCCGAUACCUGGACUUUUCCAUUUAUGCAAUUCUUCUGCCUUCAGUAAUUACCAAGGCUGUUUAUAGUGUGUGCACAGCAAAACAAGCAGCAUCA